CAGUCCAACCAAUACACCAUCAUGGCGUUGGCGGGUAUGUGUGUGUACAAAUCAGGCACUUGGGUAGACACGCCCCUCCCAGCUGCACCUGUCCCAGGUGAGCAGCUCUCAGGGGUCCUUCAUUCACCUUGCUGGUACGCACUGAGUGAUGAGAGGUCGAGUUAGGGCCUAGCAGCGUCCUCUCUCCUGUCCAGCCGCACCCAGGAGCCUUCAGCGGGUGUUACAAGAAUGAAUAAUCCUAUACCUUCCAGCUUGAAGUCAGAAGCAAAAAAGGCAGCUAAAAUAUUACGAGAAUUUACAGAAAUAACUUCCAGAAAUGGACCUGAUAAGAUCAUACCAGCCAAUGUAAUAGCUAAAGCUAAAGGCCUUGCAGUUUUGUCUGUUAUCAAAGCUGGAUUUUUGGUAACCGCUCGAGGAGGCAGUGGGAUUGUGUUAGCACGUCUUCCUAAUGGAGGUUGGUCUUCUCCUUCUGCAAUAGGGAUAGCUGGCCUUGGUGGUGGAUUUGAAAUUGGAAUUGAGGUGUCAGAUUUAGUAAUAAUACUGAACCAUGAAAGAGCAGUUGAAGCUUUUGCAAAAGGUGGCAAUCUUACACUUGGAGGAAACUUUACAGUGGCAAUUGGGCCUUUGGGGAGAAAUUUAGAAGGUGAUGUUGCCGUACGAAGCUCAGCUGCUGUCUAUACAUACUGCAAAUCACGAGGGUUGUUUGCAGGGGUAUCUUUAGAAGGAACAUGUUUAAUUGAAAGGAAAGAAACUAAUCGCAAAUUUUAUGGUCGAGAUAUUCGAGCUAGUGCCAUUUUAUUUGGUGAUGUACCUCAUCUUACCGAAUCAGAAGAUCUGCAUGAAAUUCUGGAUUCCUUUACUGAACAAUAUGAAAAUGAGGAGCAGAAAAACAAUGCAAGGAAAGCAACAAGGGAACAAAGGAAGGCUAAUGAUCCACCUGUUAAACCAUCGUCAAGGCCACAGUCACCUGUGAAAAAUCCACACAAACUUUAUCCCGAACUUCCCAAUUACCAUGCCACUGAGGAGAAUUGGAGUAAACCUGUGGAAGUGACCGCACUUUAUUCAUUUGAAGGACAGCAACCAGGUGACUUGAAUUUCAAAGCUGGAGAUAAAAUCAUUGUCAAAACCAAAACAAAUUCACAGUUUGACUGGUGGGAAGGAAGCAUCCGAGGACAAACUGGCAUCUUCCCAGCCAAUUACGUUACCACGAACUGUAACUAAAAUGCAUUCAGUGGCCUUAAUGUUUUUUUUUCUAAACUUCUUUUCUGAAAUUAUCCACUGGAUGAUGUACAAUCAAUUUACAAUUUGAUUUUUUUUUUAAAAUGUCCUAUAAAAAUGUUUUUAUUCUGCUUCCAAUUACGACAAAUUUUUUAGAGUUGAUUUUUGUAUGGAAAAAAUUAUAAAUAUAAAAAGAUAUUAGAAUAUUUUGAUUUUUAAUAAGAUAUUUUGUCUCUAAUGUUCUCUUUCCUUAAUCCAUAAUAAAUAUUCUCUAAUAAACUCUAUUCAAGCUACCUAU